GCAAACCCUACAUAACUCGCAGCAGCGUCUCCCUCUCUCAUCUGCAAAACCCUAGUUUCCGUAACUGCAAGAGAAAGAUGUCGGUUGGAGAGCUCGCUUGCACCUACGCCGCUUUGGUCCUCCACGACGAUGGAAUUCCUAUCACUGCGGAUAAAAUCUCGACUCUGUUGAAGGCUGCCAAUUUGUCGGUUGAAUCCUACUGGCCGAGCCUUUUCGCAAAGCUUUGCGAGAAGAGGAAUGUAGAGGAUCUCAUCAUGAACGUCGGCGCUGGUGGCGGCGGUGGCGCCGUUGCCGUCGCUGCCCCCACCGGCGCUGGUGGUGGUGCCGCUGCAGCUGCUCCUGCUGCUGAGGAGAAGAAGAAGGAGGAAGAAAAGGAGGAAAGUGAUGAUGACAUGGGUUUUGGCUUGUUUGAUUAAGGAAAUUUAUAGUUUGAAUUUGCAUUUUGUUUUUCAUUUCUGUUGAACUUCUGUUAGGUCUUUUUUUAUCUAUAGCUUUUAUGCCUUGCUGUAAUGCAGUCUUAAUACUGCUUGACAAUAUGGGUACUCAGUUUUUGAGUGUUAUCAAGGGAUCUACUCAUCUAUGUGAACUUCAAUUUUCACACUA